GAAAAAGAAAAUAUCUUGGAAACAACACUGAAAGAUUUCUCUUACAUCUCAGCUGAAUUUUCUUUAAAAUGGCAAAGCACUCACAAGUACCAAAAUUUGGCGACUGGGAGAGCGAUGAAGAUGUUCAAUAUUCUAUUGUUUUCGAGAAUGCUGCUAAGGGUAAGAAAGGAAGUAAAAUGAAUCCAAAUGAUCCUCAAGAUCUUGAUGCAAAAGUGAAAGGUGAAAAUGGAAGCGACGCUGUACGACAGAAGCCUGAACAUUUUGCCAGCAGAGAUGAUGUAGAAAUGCGGAAAUCAACUGACAAAGCUCCAACUUACUCAUCUCCACAACGACAUGGUGAGAAAUCUGGAGGCCGCAAGUCAGAAUCAGAAACAAUGAAGGGACCUGAAAUCCCGAGGCAUGAACGUCGGCCAAGUCGAGAAGAGGGUUACCUAAGGAAACCUACUGAUUCCCCAUUGCGCAAUGAGAACAUGGGGAGAAGAACUCCUAUGGAAUCACCUCAUCAUCGCUAUGGUGGCUUAAGUGGUGGUGCUACACCUAAGAGGGCCUCUCAGCAAAGUGUGGGACCCGAUCGCAGCAUUGAGCACUCCCCGCUGCAUCCGCAUGGAAGGGCUGGAGGCAAAGGUGGUGUUGUUUCCUCUCCCUCAUGGGAAAGAAAGACUUCAUCUGAAGGUAGUCAUGGUCUGGCUCCCUCUACACCUGGAAGAUCCCGUUUGAGAUCAGUUACGAAAGGUGAUGACACGCCUGAUGACAGCCCUGCUGUUCCUAAAUUUGGUGACUGGGAUGAGAAUGAUCCAGCAUCAGCAGAAGGUUACACACAAAUAUUUAACAAAGUGCGAGAGGAGAAGCAGACUGGUGCAGCAAAAGUACCUGCCUCGUCUAAUGAUUCAUCUUACUCCAACAGUCAAAAGCGAUAUGGAAAUGACAGUGGAAAGGGAUGUUUGUGCUUUCCAUGGGGUCGUAGUUGACAGAGCUGACGAUGGAAUUGAAAAAAAGCAAAA